AUGUCUGAAUCAGAUUAUAUCAUCUCGCGGGCAAUAUUAUCCACAAAAAAUGAUAGUGUCGAUGAGAUUAAUGAUUACUUGAUUGAUCGAUUCCAUGGAGAAGAGAGAAUUUACUAUAGUAUCGAUGAGGCCAUAGAUGAUAAAAAUGGAUUCUAUCCGCUGGAAUUCUUGAACUCGCUCAUUGUUAGUGGUUUACCCCCUCAUUAUCUUCGGGUGAAAGUCGGAUGCCCGAUCAUACUGUUACAGAAUAUUGAUCCAGCAAAUGGAUUGUGUAAUGGUACUCGAUUGAUAUGCAAAAGCUUUCAGCAAAAUGUCAUUGAUGCAAAAAUAGUUGUUGGUCAACAUGUUGGCAAGAGCAUAUUUUUGCCAAAGCUUCCACUAUCUCCGUCUGAUGAUGACUUGUUCCCAUUCAAGCUGAAGAGGAAACAAUUUCCUAUUCGAUUAUGCUUUGCGAUGACAAUCAAUAAAGCCCAGGGACAAACAAUUCCGAAUGUGGGUAUUUAUCUUCCAGACCCGGUAUUCUCGCAUGGCUAA